AUGGCAAGGGAAGUAAUUCUUGAACCCGACGUUCAGUGAAAUUAACAAAAUAGCCACUUUGUCUUCAUAUUUCUGAAAGAUAAUCCUCGCGAUAUGUUUACAAGAAACCACGUGACAACACCUUUGUUCCCCAGCUGAUUCGGUGGACAAAACAUCCGCCACACGUCUCGCAGGCUCCCUAGUCUGUGGUGUGUAUACCAGGACUGAACAGUAGGCAACAGCUUCCCGACAUUGAUCUUACUCCGGCAUGGAUCCCUGGCUGGUCAGCUUCAUGUUUACCCGAGGGGGUCAUUCCAGUUUCCCUAAAUCUACAGCUUCUUCUCAUAUAUAAUCCAAACACCACUACCCUUCGAUGUUCCCCCUCAGAAUGAGACGCGGACGAAGGUUACAGCGUCUCACCCAGCUCGUCAUUUUCCUGGGCUUCAUCUCCUCCAUGUCUGUUGUCUACGUUGCCAUGACAACAAACAACAAGGCCAGGUGGGUCCAUGGUGGUCACAAGGACAGCCGUCAGUUACUGGAGGAUCAUGGAACAUCACGCUACAGAACUGACAGGUUGGAACCUGAAAACAUGGCUGCUUUAGAAAGACGGUUUGAUCUCAGGAGGAAGAUAUAUGACACAACAUGCUCAAAGACAGGGACCCUCAAUCAUGGCGUUGUCAUGCCAACACACGACAGAAAGGACGGACGGAAGACCUACAUUCAACAUAAUGUAACCAUGUGUUUUGUUGAAAAGGCUGGGUCCAUGUUUUGGUCGCGGUAUUUCAAUGCAUUUGAACAGUCAAUAGUCGGGAACCACCGAACUAGCGUCGAAACACACCAACUGUCGCAAAAAGAAUAUGACAAAACGGUGAAAAUUGUGUUUGUCAGAAACCCAUACUCAAGACUUCUUUCUGGAUACGUUGACAAGAUCUUCUCGACCAAUCCUGAUUAUAUGCGCAUCAUGGGUAGACAUAUCAUACAGGACAUCCGGUUCAAAGGUCAGAAGCGUGCGAAUAUUCAGUGCGGGGUAGAUGCAACGUUCGCUGAAUUUGUGGAUUAUAUUUUAUAUCAACAUGAACAUAAUCAGAGCAUCAACAAUCAUUUCAGACCUGCUCACCAUAGAUGUGCUUUUUGUCACAUGAAGUAUGACUAUAUUGGGAAAAUGGAAACGUUUCUUGAGGAUAUGAUGUUCGUGAGCAGACGGAUCGGAGCGCUGAAACACAACCGAACAAGAGACCUCAUUCAGAAAGAGGGUUUCCAUGGUAUCGAGGAAAUGAUGUACAGAAACUCUCACAAUAUUUUCACAAGUAGACUCGAGCGUAUCCUGGCGUGUGGGGUCACUUUACGACAAGCCCUCAAGCUGACUUGGAGAAGAUGGCAGAUCAGGGGGUUCCUUGGGACUCAGUUUGACUUUCCGUUUCGUGACGCCGACAGUGACAUAAACUGGGAACGGUUCUUGGAAUAUGCCGUCAGGGCACGUCGCGCAUCAGAUCCCAAGACGUUGUCGAAGGCCAAGAGAGCGGCGUUACGAGAAGCCUACAGCACGUUAACACUUCAAACGAAACUGAAACUAAAAAGAAUGUUUGAGCCUCAAUUUGAAAUGUUUGGAUACGAAGCUAUGCCUGAAAGUAUAUUUGGAAGUUUUGACCAGUCAGAAACGGAUUUUAGAUUCUUUGAUGUGAGGGAUAUUUUCGAUAUACAGUUAUAAAUCCGGAUGUUCGUACAGAACAUACACGCCUGCUCAAGAAGGCAAUGGGUGUUUGUUUACAGGAAUGUCAGGUGUACAUGGACAUGGAAGUAUGCCAGUAGGAGUUACUAUUGAGGAGGAAACAACUAUUGCGGUAGCAAUAGUCUAGAUAGCAAUAGUCAACUAUUGCAGUACUAUUGCAAUAAUUCUUUUCUCCCUGAAUUGUCUCAUUUGAAGUCAUCUCUCAAGUAAAUGUAUUACUUUACAUGAAUAGUUCUUUUAAUAACUGACAAGAAACUUGAA